UAUGUGCUUUCAAAUACAUGAUCAACUUUCGUUUCCCUUGACCUUUAAAACUUUGGUCACGCGCAUAAGACCUGCUCUUUUUCUUGUCCCGGCUUUCUGGAAAAGCAGCGAGACUCAUUAUUAUCUAUAUUAUAACUCAUACUCAUAAUUGUUACCCUCUUAAAUUUAUUAAACGCAACAUGUAAACCAUUUACAGUUUACUAACAGCUAGAAAGAGAUCAAUUUACAGUAGGCUAAAUUUUGUGUGAAAAUUACUGCGCGAAUCAUUUUAAUGCAGAUGUAUCUUUAACAUCGGAGUACAAAUAAACGCAUCACGGUAAAAUAAGUGCAGUAAUCUUUGAUUCACCAUGGCUUCAGCUUCAGAUUCACCGGGCCUUGAAAAUGCGUCUUUGUUGGACGAAAUCGUUAGGCUGUUGAAUAUGGGCCGAGAUGCCGAGGUGAUCAUGCUAAUUGGGCAAAGCGGGGCUGGUAAAAGUGCGAUGCUCAAUACCAUCCACAGAGUGUUAACUGGAGAAAAUUUCACAUUGGCAAAACAAGGAGCAGGUCAUGUGCAGUCUGUGACCCUUGACCUUGGAAGAUAUAAUAACUGUGGUGUUGACCUAAAGACUAUUCGAGAUGAAUCAAGGAGAGAAAUGAUUGCUGAUGUUGUACACAAACUGCCACAUAUAGUUGAUUGUGCUGGCAUGGGAGAUUGUGACACACUAGAAAUACGUGAAAUAUUAGAACUUCUAAUAGGAGGUUUCAUACCAAAAGAUACAAACAUUGAAGCGUUGCAGAUCAAACAGGACGAAUUCGGUGUGGGUUGUCUAAAGAAACUAUUUCCAAAACCGGACCCUGCUAACAGGGUGACAAAGAUUGUAUUUAUACAAAGCUGUGGAAACGCCAUACCAAAAAACUUGAUAAAAUGUUUGAACGAAGUCCUCUCAAUAACAGACCCUGCAACCUUGAAAAGAAAAUACACUGCAGAAGUGUUUCUACUGAUAUCAAAGUUCGACUUAGUUCGUGACCCCUCUGUUCAUUUUUCAACGGGAAGUGACCCCUCUGUUCAAAUCUCAACCGGAAGUGACAACGACAGUACGACGAUUGAAGAAUUCGUCAAAAAGGAAAUCGAACUCGCUGGUGAGUUUAAUAUUAUUGGAGCAUUGGAAGCUAACCGCAUUCGUUGGACAAGUUAUACUGACAGCAUUCAAGGCAAAGACGGAGACAUAGAGAAUAAAGCUCUUAAGUUUCUUAAACGAAUGGUUCAACCUGGAGCCCAGCAGCAGACAGACACGAUGGAACCUGUCGUCGGUCCCAUGAAGAUUUUUGAACUGUACAUGUUUAGAUUAACGAACCAGAUCAAGCGUUUUUUCUUACAAAAUAUGCAGUUUAAUAUAACGCCAGCUUUGUUUGUCACCGCUGUUGUGUUUGUAGUGGUAAGUGCAGUUCUAUACAAACUACUGAUGACCAGUGUUUAAGCGGAUAAGUCAAGAUAUCUUCUGCUAACUUCGUCAGACGUUGUCAUUUUUUGUAUAUUACAAGUGAAAAGUAAUUAAGCACUAUGAUAUGCUCUUGGCCACAUGGUUUAUCAUUUGUAACAAACAGUUACAAUUGUUUGUCAGGUUUCGUGUUACAUAUAAAGUGUACUGGUAUAUGACUUCAAAGGAAAAAUUGUCACAUAGUAUUAUGUAAAUUACUUAUAACCUUCUUGUGACUGUAGUUUGUAAAAACAAAGCCUUCAUAUAUUAAUCAGACAUGAUGCACCUGAAUCACUUAAUACCAUCCUUUAAUUUUGUUUUCUCUUGGAUUAAUAAUAGCAAUAGUAAUAUGGAACAUGUGUUAUAUCAUAAAUUGUCUGUUAAUGAAGAUUUCUUGCGGUUUUGUUCAUUGUCCCAGACUGGUCCGUAUAGGGAACAGGUAAGCCUGUAAUCUAGAUUAAAAUUGAAAGUAUUGUUAACAAAACUGCUGUUAAAGUAAUACAUAAUGUAUUGAACUUAAUACAUUUAAGAUAUUCUAUAAUUUCAUUUUAUUCUUUCUAUUUACAUACUUAAUAUAUUAAUAAUAGAUGCUUUCGUACGUUAAUAUCUAUGUAUAUUUUUGUUGAAAAUUAUAAAGUUUAAACGCUAACUUAUUUAUAUUUAAGUAUGUAUUAUAUAUCAAAGUAUUAUCAUAAUCGUUGCUAUAAUGAUAUUUUAUAUAUGUGGCUUUGGAUGGGAUUAGAACAUUAUAUACAUAUAUAUACAAUGUUUAAAUAUAACAUUACUGUAAGGUUGUUAAGCCAGCUGUCUGCAUGGUAUAUAUGUUACUUAUUUUAAAGAAAAUUAAUACAAAACCAGGCUGAAAAUUAAUUCAUGUACUUUGUCUAGGUAUAGCUAAUGAAAUUCAAAUUAUUUAAUUGUGAUAUGAUAUUACAACCAUGUUUAAAGCUAUUUGUCUCCAGAUGAGUCAAACAGUUUCAAGAAAAGCAAGACUAAAUAUUGAAAAAUAGAAAAUAAACAAAAGAUUCAAGUUUUAAAUAAUGUUAUUAGCGAGUAUAAGGGCUGGGAUUACAGUUUUUAUCAAUACUGCAUGACUAAAAUGAUAUAAUGUCUAUAUAGGGGGCCUAUCUGCCUCGUGUGUCCAUUUUUGGUAAUUGUGUGGGCUUUCAAGUGCCGUUUGCAAUAUGUACGUUACUGUUUUGUGCACUUCACAAUAACCUACUUUUCAAUACAUUAAAACUUUCACGAAAUUAUUAUGAAUCUGGAGCCAUGCCGCUUUAAAUAAUAAAUAUGUCUGAAUAAUAAUUUCAAUUUGUAAUUGCUCAAAAGUAGAAUCCAUAUUGUAACUUUGUAUAACAAGUUAACCUACAGUGUUUAAAUAUAUGUUGAAGGCUUGUUGGUAUUAUCACGUUACCGUGUCAUGGUUAUCCUUUACAAAAUAUGCUUUUGAAAUUAUAUAAAUGUGGUAAAUACCCGUCUAAUUUAAUGUUAAAUUUAGGUCGAGAUAUGUAAAGCGCUGGGAAGUAUGAGGGUGAAUAUACAUAAUUAAUUGGGCGAAUGGGAAGGAGAAAUUUGAGUGAAAAGUGCAGUUGCUAACUGUUUUAGGAAUUAUUAAAUACAAACAGAAAUAAACGUUACGUUUUUGCAUGUUUAUGACACAGUUAUGUAUGUGCACCACAUAUAUUUUAAUAAUACCUCGAAACAAUGGUAGUAGGGUAUUUAAUAAAAAUGUAUAUACUUAAUGUAUAUGCUUUUUUGACAUAUUGAAUGAUAAAAGCAUAUUAGCCUUAAUCAAAGCAGUGAUAGUGAUUUUCUCAUAUACAACGUUCUCUACCAUAAUUCUUGGCUGAAAAAUGCAAAUAUAUGUCAGAAUGUUAAUCAGUGAAUUUAUAUGAUGUCUAACAAAGAUAUUUAUAAAAAAUGUCAAUCUAAUAUAAUAAAUAAAGUUGUUUUUAAAAUCAAAGAAGAGUUGUACACAGAUGAGUAUUUCUCUAUAUGCAUUUAUUAUAUGUUUAACAAAGCAUUUAUUAUAUGUUUACCAAAGGACCAAAAUACUACAAAAAAAGUUUGCAAAAAACCGACAAAGUGCUGUAGGGCUUUUGUUAAAGCGCCUGAGUUGACAAGAAAAUUGUAUAUCAGACAAUAAUGUGCCACAAAAUAAUGACAAAGCGUCUCAGAAAGUUUUUGGUCAAAGUCCCUUGACAAAUGUAGGAAGGGUUGCGCACUGAAGAAAUUGUUCACGCCUGCCUCUGUCUGCUUGUCCGUCCGUCCGCCCGCCGACAUACCCCCAAUCUAAUGACCCGAUUUUUCUUUCGGAAAACCUGGUUGAAAAUGACUUUUAUAAUGAUAUAAAGUAAUCAGUUUCAAAUUUUGACUACCAAGACCACCACCUUAUCAAAGCUAUGAAAGAACUUAGCUGUAGCCUCGCGAUGUUAAAUUUAAUUGAGAAUGUUAUUGUUAGUUUCGAUAUUUUGUACGAAAUUUAAUGAGUAUCAAUUCUAACUCAAUAAUUCUUUUAUGUUGAAUAAAUUAUUCAUUAAAUAGAGUCUAUGAAAUUCUAAAAGCAGUGUAAACUGAUUUAAAUUGAGAAGUUCCGAUACACGUUUACGUUUUUAUGUCUCCUCAAAAGUUUGGGAGAAAUAUCAAUUUUACCGUCGCCGUUUGUCCGUGCGUUCGCAUUCAGAUUGUCCGACUUUCGCCGGUCCAACAACUGGCGGGAUUUCAAUGAAAUUCAUUAGAUUGAUCAGUACGAUACCUAGUUAUGCAUAGCCGGCAUGUUUCGCUUCGCUGCACAAAAUGGAAACCAAAGCUGUAAAUACAGAAUUCACAGGUCAAACUGCUUGCGGAUUUUGAAUGAGAGGUAACAGGAUUAAUCAGCACCACCCUUUUUUGAAGGCAUGUUUCGCUGCACAAAAUGCCUACUAAUUCAGCUUUGCUGCAUAAAAUGGACACCGGGGCUUAACAUUAAAAAUCUUGAACGGCUUUCACGAGUUAAAAUGCUGGCGGGAUUUUGAUAAAUCUUCACUGAUCAGUAACAUCCCUUUUUGUGCAUAUCGUCGACCAAAAUGACCACUUUAAAUAGACAAAAUCUUGUCCAGUUUUCUGAGGUCAAAUUGCUCGAACUUCACAAGAGUGAUUUUACCAUACCUUUUGUUGCAUGGUACCUUUUUGCCGGCAUGUAUCGCUUCGUUGCACAAAAUGGCCGUCAGAGCUAUAAAUAGAAAAAUUUUGUCCAGCUUUCACAGGUUUAACUGUUGGUUGAAUUUCCGCGAUCAGUACCAUUCCUAUUUGUGCAUAUCGCCGGCAGGUUUCACUUCGGUCAUCGGACAAUUUAUAGAAAACUAUUUGCCGGUUAAACUGCUGGUGCGAUUUUAAUAAAACGUCACACGAGUGAUCAGUGCCAUCCUUAGUUGUGCAUAUCAUCGGCACGUUCUGCUUUGCUGCAUAAAUUGGCCGCCAGAGUUAAAGAUAAAAAAAAUCUUGUCAGGCUUUGACAUCACUUUACAGGAGUGUUCUGUAGUUCUAUAUCCAUAGUUGUGCAUAUCAAUUGCAUAUCGGGUCCACUCUGCAACAGAAGGCGUUUUAUGUUGAAGGUAUAGUUUCCUGUUCAAAUUGAGAUGGCAUUAUCGCAUACCUUAAAGAAAAUAAAUUUACAUAGAAAAUAUAUAGAUACGAAAAUAUAUGCCUUUAGCUGAGAGCAUAAGCUAUGUAUUUGAUAAAUGCAUGUAUACAUAUGUAUACAUGUACACAUCACAUCAAUUACCUCCAUAUUCAUAGUAUGUGAUGACCGUUUUGAAACAUUCAGCGAAGUAGGUGUGAGCAUCCUUUAUAAGUACGUACGAAAUCAACAUUAAACACAAAAUCAUAGAAUCAUUGGUAUUCAACUUUAUUGUGAAAAUUCGCCACCAAUAUAUAUCUUAAGCAUAUACAAAAAAUACGAAGAAUUCUCACACAAUUUACAUUCUAUACGAUGUUUAUUCACCAUUGGGAACGGUUCUUUUUGUGCUGAUUACAAAGUAAAUUUAUACUAUACAGCACAUUAUAGAUGACAAAUGUUGAUUAGUUUCUGGUUCAUCAACUGAAAUUUACUGUGUUACACGUAUCUAUUAUGGAGUAUAUCUUCUCGAAACCCGACCAUAUAGUGUGAAAUAAAUGUACAGACUAUGAUCUUCAAACGUACUCAUGUUAUCUUGAAACAAAAUUAUUAGAAUUUGAUUUAAGCGACAUAUUUCCUUCUCAUGACAUCGAAAAUCGUGUCAGCGAUUCGAUUGGCCUGAAUAAAAGAAAAAAAUCAGAUUACACCUAUAUGCAAACAGACGGUUUAGUAGACAAAUGGAAAAAUACCAGUCCUGUGGUCUGUAGAAUUCUAAGAAAAUUUAAUCUUCAUUUAGCCCUUCGUGUACAUUGAAAGAUAUAAGUAUGUAUAUGUUUAUUCCAUAUUAUUGAAUCCUACUUACAAACAGAAAUCAUUCGAAGCGAACAUGUUUUAACGUUAUACGCAAAUAUUUUACACAGCUUGGACAGCAAUGAGGAUUUCGUACACUCCCAGGAUUAAAAUACCGAUAUAAGCCUAGCGAUAUUAUGGGGGGAUUCCUACAUUCUAAAUUAAAAAAAAAUAUGCAUUAUUUUGUUAUGCUAAAAUUUUUCAUUGAGGCAAAGCAAAGUGAUGAUUCAGCAUGCAAGAAAUAUGUCUCUCAAACAAGUGACUUAAAUCUCGAUAUAAUUGCAAAUUGUUUUUUAUUAAGAGUCGAACAACUUUUUAUAAUAGUGUUGAAUGACCAUACAGUCGUGAACUCAGUAACAUUGUGAAAGGAUGUGACACCGUGACCUUUUUAAGAACUAACUUAAAUCGUCGUGUUUUAUAUAUAUAUAUGGCAUGAUAAAUGAACGUCUCCAAGGUCACCUCAUACAAACCGCCAGACAAAGAAUUCAUACGAUUGUUAAGUUUGUCAUAACAUAUCGUUUUGUGUAAAUAAGAAAUUCAAUGACAGAUAAUAUUUAAGCAGUAUUGGCUUAUGUUUCGUUUCGGUAAGAUGUGUGAUAUUAGGUUAAAUACCUAGGCACUUUAACCAUAUAUAAUUACAAUGAUAGCUCAAUUUUUUU